GGUGGUGGAGGCGGAGGAGGAGGUGGAGCCAGCAGGGACGACGGCGAGGACGUGGAGGACUUGCAGACGGAGAUCGUGGAGAAGGAGUCCGUCAUCUCAACGCUCUCAACGCAGGUAGAGGAACAGAGGCAGCUGCGGCUCCAGGAUGCCAAGAAGGUCGAGGCCAAGGCAGCCAAGAUCAAGGAAUGGGUCACCAACAAACUGAAGGAGCUGGAGGACCAGAACGCCCACCUGCGGGAACAGAACGCCAAAUGCAACGUCCAGCUGGAGCUCCUGAGGGGUCGCCUCGCCCACCUGUCCUCCAUGCACAACGAGAAAGACCGCGACACUGAGCGGUUAUGGAAAAGGAGGUCCCUAAGUCUACCUAAGGAUUCGUCUCGCGGGAGCUACGAGGGCGACCGACCCGACAGCGACGAGAGCCUGCACGACGGGCGGAACGACGUCGGUACAUCCCGUCCCGACCGGCGACGCUCGGGAGGGACCGACGAUCCAAGUCCAGGUCCCCGGCCGGCCUGCGGAGAGCCAGCUCGAGCGACACGGACGCCAACUACGGCGAGAUCCGCUUCAAGUCGCGCCACAACGGCGUGCCGCGCUCGGGCGGCCUCGACCGGAAGCGCUACGACGACGACAAGAUCCGCACGCGGGACUCGCGCGUCGACUCCGGCUCCGUGGACCUGGAGACGCCCCAGAGCCUCAGCCCCAAGAGCCCCCUGGAGGUGAUGCUCAACAGUGACGCAGAGCACGGGCAGCCUCCCCAGGAGCGGCUCGCGCGCCGGCAGCCGGGGGGAGAGCCCGCGCAAGCCCGUGCCGCAGCCCCGGACCAAGCACCUGAAGAAGGGCGGCAGCCUGCAGUCGUCCGUGACCAAGAGCGCCGACAGCCUGGACCUGGAGCUGGACGGCUACGACAACACGGAGAGCACGGACUCCAGCCAGCUCGCGCGCUCCGGCGACAGCCACCUCAGCGACGACGGCAGGAGGUCGCGCGCCAAGGACGAGGCGCACGACUACAGCGAGAUCUACACGCCCAGCCGCGACCACGCCCGCUGGCCCGGCGACGCCGAGGCCAACGGGGAGAAGCCGCCCACGCCGCCGCUGCACCGCUUCCCCUCGUGGGAGUCCAGAAUAUACCAGGUCGCCCAGGAAGGGCUCUCGGGCGCCGGCGCUGCCACCACCGCCGACACGAGCGCCCGCAUGAGGACCUCCGGGCUGGGCAGCUACCCCGAGAUCCACGUGCCCGUCUACGCGGCCGUGAAGGGCCGCGCCAGCCAGAUCCGGUCGGUGCCGUUCACGGGCGACUCCUCGGACUCCUCGGACGGCGAGGACCACUGCGGGGGCUCGGACUCCCGCGGGCUGUCGUCCCACACGCCCUCGUCCUCGGCCGAGUCCUCCUCCAGCUCGCCGUCGAAGAGCAAGACGUCGUCCCUGUCGCCGGCCAAGCUGUCGGGGUCCUCGCCCUCCAAGAGCAUGAGAAGGUUAAGCAGCAUAAGUAAAGGGCGCCGAGCUUUACGUUUCGUGCAUGUCGGUGUACAAAGAGGCAUGGCAAGCAUUAACUCUGCAUGCGAGCGAUAUAGCAGUCGUUUAUCCCAAGAUUCAGGAGACUAUGCUGACUAUGCCAUCCCGCCAGAUGCUAUGCCAGAUGCUAUACCAGACGCUAUACCUACCCUUAAGCUACCGGACACUUCCUUUGAGUCUGGCGUGUCUGAUGACUACGCAAUUCCACCAGAUGCUCGGAGUGACAGUGGGUCUCUGGAGUCAACUUUAGCUCCCACCACUACGAGUGCAAGGACGUCAUGCGUAGAAACCACAACCAACACACUUACCUCAAGCCACAUUGGCACUGUGUCACCACGUCGUGAGAGUUCAUUGGAGAAGAACGGAUACCUGACAAAACUCGGUGGUUAAACUCAAACCUGGAAAAAACGAUACUUUGUUCUGAAGGAUGGAACCUUAACUUACUGGAAGAGUCAGAUGAAUGAAGACAAUGAAAAUGCCAUGCUCGACAAGCUGACAAUGGUGUGUCCUUCUCGAAUAAACAGCCUUCAACCAAAUCUUCACAAGAGAUGCUCUAAAGGCAAUAAUCCUAUUGGUCAAAUCAAUAUGAGGAGAAUGCUCGUGGAGGAGGUUGAGAAGGUUUCUGAUUCUGAAGGGGACGACCCUGCUGAUGAUGACACUCCCAAGGAGGAUCUGACAAUUGGUAUAUUCCCAUCACACCAAGGUCCAACAAACAUACAUUAUGCCAAUAAAACAGUUCAGGAUGGUUGGUUAUACCACCUGACUGUAGUGUCUGGAGGAGGUCCCAAUGCAGGAACGCAGUAUGAGCAGUUAGUUCAGAAAUUGAUGGAACUUGAUGGAGACCCAAAUUGCGUGCUGUGGAGGCACCCUCUGCUUCUACACAGCAAAGACCCCAUCACCUCUCCCUUGACCUCUCUCCCGUCCUCCCAGUUGCAGGCUGAGGCUAUCAAGCUAUUCAAGUCUUGCCAGCUGUACACCUCUGUGCUCAUGGAUUCUUCGGGUAUAGAUUACCAUGUGGUUCUGUGUCAGAAUGCUCUCCAGCAGUGCCUCACAUACCCUGAACUACAAUCUGAACUCUUCUGUGGACUCAUCAAGCAGACAUCGAAGCACCUGCAAGCUAAGCCAGGGGUCCAGGUAACCAAGACACUGAACAAAAUCAAGCACUCCCGAAAUUUGUUGCUCUGUGCCACCCAGUCACUUUUCUUGUGUGACUCCUCUGGCGCACAGAAGGCAUCCCCAACACUAGGAAGCGGACAGCCAUUGCCUGCCGACCCCAAGAUCAACCCUCCAUCAUUCACCUUCAUCCAGGCCUGGCAGUUCUUGGCUUUGGCCGUUUCUCUCUUCGUGCCUAAAAAUAAUAAACUUCUGUGGUACCUCAAACUUCAUCUUCAAAGGAAUGCUGAUACGAAGUCUGAAGUUGGCAAAUAUGCAGCUUACUGUCAACGAGCUUUAGAAAGAACCCUAGAGAAUGGGGGUCGUGAAGCAAAGCCAUCUAGAAUGGAGGUCCUGUCUAUCCUUCUCAAGAACCCUUAUCACCACUCUCUACCCCAUGCCAUACCCGUCCACUUUAUCAACGGAACUUACCAGGUCAUUGGAUUUGAUGGGUCCACCACCAUUGAUGAAUUCUUGAUAUCGCUGAACCAAGAGAUUGGUUGUCGUGAUGUCCACCAGUCUGGGUUUGCUUUAUUCUCGGACGAUCCCAUUGAGAAAGACUUAGAGCACUGUCUCAAUCAUAAUGCGAAGCUCUGUGAUGUUAUUUCUAAAUGGGAGACUGCGCUCAGAGAGAAGGGAUCGGGCAAGUUUGAGAACACGAAAGUUAUUCGCCUUCUCUACAAGUCUCGCUUGUACUGUCGUGCUGCUGGAAAGCAUGAAACGGACCGAGAGAAACUGUUGCUUUGCUACCAAGUCAACCAGCAGAUUCAGCAAGGCAAAUUCCCCAUCACCAGAGAACUUGCUUUAGAACUAGCAACCCUCAUGGCCCAAAUUGACAUGGGUGAAGUUAACAGCGAAAGAACAAGAGGGUCAGGCUCAUCAGGUCCUUCCUCAGCACACAUCCAGCAGGCAUUCAGCAAGUUUUAUCCGGCAAGAUACCGAGAAGACCUGAAUGAGGAAGAAACAAAGAAUGUGCUUGAUAGCUUGCAAGAAAAAUGGAUUGGGUUGCGAGGAAGAACACAAGGUGACUGCGUCCGCAUAUACUUGACAUGCACCCGGAAGUGGCCGUAUUUUGGAGCCACUCUGUUCCCCGCAGCUACACCUUCCCCAGAGGGACCUCCAACUCCUGUGUGGGUGGCUGUCAGCGAAGAUGCCAUUACCCUUUUGGACCAGAGCAGUAUGGCAUCCAUCGUCAGGUAUGGGUAUAGUUCUGUGGUGACAUUUGGUGGCUGUCAAGAGGACUUCAUGCUGGUAGUCCACACACCAGAGGAGGACGGCUCUCACCAUCCCCCUGGAACGCACAAACUACUCUUGUGCAUGAAUAAACCAAAGAUCUUAGAAUUGACUCUACUUAUUGCUGACUACAUGAAUGCUCUUGGUCGGCCAGUGCCAGGAACUCCCCAGACGGGAACGCUGACACGUCACGGUUCAAGAAGGUCGGCUCGUUCUCACAUGACUUCAGUCCCGGGACAACCUGACUUACUAAAAAUGACAACUGAAGUAGAUAGCAAACUUCAACGCUUAGAUGCCAAAAGGAGGGCACAAGUAGACUCCUCUGUUGUCUGACCCGCAGUGCAUGCUAGGUCAUCCUGAGUAAGGUUUAUGCUCGGCCCAACUGCUACGCUGUGAUAGACGUGUCACUCUUACAGUUGUUCCCAGUUAAAGGAGGUUUUUCAAUAAUGUGUUUUCCUUUGCUUUGUUAAGGAAGCUAUGUUUUAUUGAAGAAAUCUUUUUUUGAAAGGAAUGGUACAGCAAGGCAUCUCCAAGACACUGGAGAGGGUGUGAAGCAAACGGUUGUGUAUGGCGCACAAAAAAAGUAAAAUUAUGAAUUGGAGAGUCUGCUGUAUGGCCGAGCAUAGUUCAUAUAAUGUGCUUUCUGUAUAUAUAUAUUUUUUAUUUUUUAGUACAGACAAUAUUUUAAAUUAAUGACCUCAACUGUAAAGAAUGGAUAACGAAGAUGGGUGAUCAGAUUAAAAGAGAGAAGCAUUUAUCGGGGCACUUUAUCGAUGUUUAUUCCAAGGUGAUAAAACAUCUAAUCAAGUCCUAUAUUUAAUCAUGUGCCUUAUGCUGCACUUUAAAUCCAUGAAAGUCAUCAUUUUUGAAUAGGUUAUGUAUGGCUGAGAUUAUUUGAAGGCUUACAAUGGCAGCUGUAAGUCCUUUUUUUUUAAUAUAUGAAAAGGGAUUAGUCAAAAGAUGCUUUAAAGCCCUAGUCUGUGGUAUAUCUAGUCUACAGAAAGCAGAAAAAAAUCAAUAAUUGGAAAGGUUCAUGGAAAUUUCUUAAAGUAAAUUAAAGUUAAUCAUAGGUAGGUAAAAACUUCCUAAAAACUAUGAGAGCAAGGUCUUGGCAAGGUAGUUUCCAUAGGAUAUGAAGACAGAUGGAUUAUGAAGAUUCAGAUAUUUUAUUGAUAAUUUGCCCAAAUAUGCCCCCUUUUACAUUUACAAUAUUACAUGGAAAAGGUAAAUUCUAAUUUAUUUAGAAAUCUUUUGUUAACGUAUGAAGAGAAUGAGUUUAGUAUAACUGGACAAUCUGCAGUCACACACUUGAACAUUGAAUGGUGAUUAUAAGGCAACGAAAAGUCCUCUUUUUUGUGUAAAGGAUGGUAAGUGACGUUGCACAUGUAAAAAAAAUCUACAUUCAUGUUAUUCAUCUUAUAUUCUUUAUGAUCAGUGAAAAAUUUGUGUAUGUAGAGCUUGUCAUGUACCAUGUAUUUUUCAUUGUGCUAUUGAUCAAAGGUGCCAUAACUGCUAGUCAGAAUGUAUAAACUGAGUCAUGUAGAACACCAAAUCUGAUAAAAGUAUGCCUUCCAGGAUUUUAUGAUUAAGGACAAGUAUGAAAUUUCAUGCUGUGUGUAUAUAUAACUUGACUUAUCAAUAUGUGGUAGCCACAUAUUUUAAACAAGCAAAUGUCACAUUGCACAUUGUUAA